AAUGAAAUGAAACAGAGAAUCUCUCUCUUAGCUCAGCUAUCAAGGAUUCCUCCUCAUAAAUACCCAAUUCGCAUAUAUCUCUGAGUCUCCUACCCCUUGCCCCCUCCCAUCCCCAAAUAGCCAAUAUUUUACGCUUACUUUUUUCCUCCACCUUCUUCUUGCUAACUUCCCACUACUCACGCACAACACAACACAACACAACACAACACACUACUCUGCCUGACGAAAAAAAGAAAGAAAUGAUGGGUGUGAUGAGCAACCGUUGUUCCCACACUUCCCACAUCACGGCCAUCAUCAUCACCAGCUUCUUCCGCCAUAAAUUCUAAAGAUUUCACCUUUUUUCUGUGUUUGCCAACAACCAUCUUCAGCCUGCACUCCCGCCAAAAUGCCCAAUUCUUGAAUUCUCUUGCUUAUUUUUGUCCCCCCCCCCCAAAAAAAAAAACUUUCUUUUUUUGUUGAUGUGUUAAUGGGCAGUGGCAGCGCUAUAGAUCUGUCUAAGAAGAUGAAAUCUCGUGGUCUUGAUUCUGUGUUUGCUUCUGCUCCUUCAGAUUCGUUUCUUGGGCCGGGAGCGAUGGUGAGUUUCGGAAAUGUUGGUAGGGAUGACAGAUCAGGAAACUCGUUCUAUCAGUUGUUUGAGAUGCAGGAGAACGGGGACGAAUACUUUGAUGACUAUUUUAGUCAGCCGGAGAAGAAGAGGAGGCUCUCAGCAGAUCAAGUCCAGUUUCUCGAGAGGAGUUUUGAUGUUGAGAAUAAACUCGAGCCAGAGAGGAAGCUUCAGCUGGCGAACGAGCUUGGCCUGCAGCCUCGUCAGAUUGCAGUGUGGUUCCAGAACCGGAGGGCUCGUUGCAAGACGAAGAGCCUUGAAACAGAAUACGAGACAUUGCACUCGAGCUAUAAGAGCUUGAAGAUGGACUAUGAUAACCUCGUCAAGGCGAAUGAGAAGCUAAAAGCUGAGGUUCUUCACCUCAAACACAGCGGGACUGCUCAAGAUGUGGAGAUAUUGGAUACUAAGGAACUAUCAGAAGCAAUGCCAACAUCUACCGAUGAAGAACAUAAAGUUUCUAUUUCGACUUCUAAGAAUGAUGAGCAAAGCUCAACAAAAAGUGAUGUCACCAAUGAAGACAGUCCCCGGUUGAGAGGCGAGGCUCAUCAUCACCAUCUGUUUGUUGAAUCAGGUGAGUCUUCUCAUGACUUUGAUCCCCGGUAUAAGUGA